GAAAAGUGAUCGACAGAUCCAAUAAGGGGAAGGCAGCCAACGGGCUUCCACGGAGACUGGAGACAAUUGAUCUGCGGGAGCUGGCUCAGGCUCCCUCUUCAACGUGAGGCGUGCACAGACUCAGCCUCGCAGCUCAACGGAGCUGCCUGCAAAGCUGCGCGGCUGUCGUCCGGGGCCAGUUCCUCGUGGCGGCCGAAUCGCCGUAGAUCUCCACCAAGCCGGGCAGAUCCCGUUGGCGAAGCGGGUUUUGUUUAUGUUAUUUUGCUUUUUUCAUUGCUUGCUUCUUUUGCUCUUUGCUUGACAUUUCCCUGAGAGGCAAAGUGCGCCUCAGCAGCCAGCAAGCCAGCCGCCGUCGGGUCCCCACGUGCACACGCGGGUGCCGAUCACAUUGGCAGGCUGGUGCUGCAGACUUGAAUUUGGGGAGUAGCGGGAGCAGCAGCAGGAGCUAGGGAGAGGAGAGAGAGAGAAAGAGGCGAGUUUCGCAGGAGCCCUUCGGCGCGGCGAGGGUUGCAGAGCCGACGAAGGGGAAGGCAUUGAUUGCAGCGAGUUGCGGCGGCGGGAAGAGCAGCAGCAGCAGGAUGCCGGCGGCUGCUGGCGACGGGCUCCUAAGCGAGCCCCCCGCGGCGAGCUUCGGCGACGGCGGCGACGAGCCCACGACGCCUCCCCUCAGCCCCGAGGGGACGUUCCUGGCCGCCUGGGUCAACGCGGCCGCGUCCCGGGAGCGGCUCCGCGAGUUCCAGCACACCAAGCGCGUGGGCAAUUACUUGAUCGGAAGGAAGUUGGGCGAGGGGUCCUUCGCCAAAGUGCGGGAAGGGCUGCACGUCGUGACCGGAGAAAAGGUGGCAGUGAAAGUUAUUGAUAAGAAAAGAGCCAAAAAGGACACUUAUGUCACCAAGAAUCUGAGGCGGGAGGGACAGAUCCAGCAGAUGAUCCGACACCCUUACAUUGCUCAGCUACUGGAUAUCUUGGAAACGGAAAACAGUUACUACCUUGUUAUGGAGCUGUGCCCAGGAGGCAACUUGAUGCACAAAAUCUAUGAGAAAAAGAGGCUGGAAGAGCAUGAAGCACGUAAAUACAUCCGGCAGCUUAUCUUGGCUGUUGAACACCUACAUCGUGCAGGGGUGGUUCACAGAGAUUUGAAGAUAGAAAAUCUCUUGCUUGAUGACGACAACAAUAUCAAGCUUAUUGAUUUUGGCUUGAGCAACUGUGCAAGUAUCUUGGGAUACUCUGAUCCAUUCAGCACGCAGUGCGGUAGUCCAGCCUACGCAGCACCAGAGCUGCUUGCAAGAAAAAAAUAUGGUCCCAAAAUAGAUGUUUGGUCCAUUGGUGUGAAUAUGUAUGCAAUGUUGACUGGGACACUGCCGUUUACUGUGGAGCCAUUCAGUCUGAGAGCACUGUACCAGAAAAUGGUAGACAAAGAAAUGAAUCCUUUCCCUACUCAGCUCUCCACAGCAGCUGUGAACUUCUUACGAUCUCUGCUAGAGCCAGAUCCUGCAAAGAGGCCAAACAUCCAACAAGCCUUAGCAAAUCGUUGGCUUAAUGAGAAUGGAAAAGUUCUGAAUAAUGUCACAUAUCCAAACAGAAUCCACAUAGAAGACAUCAGCCAGAGUGUGUUGCUGUACAUGACCGAAAAGCUUGGCUAUAAGAACAGUGAUGUGAUCAAUACCGUCCUCUCCAACCGGGCUUGCCACACUCUGGCCAUCUACAUCCUGCUUAAUAAGAAGUUGGAACGCUAUUUGGCAGGCCUUAGAAAGACAGAAGCUCCCGAUAAUGUGUACAUGAACCAUUGGUGUCGGAUAGAAAAAUACAAGUCAAACAAGGACACCUACGAGGACAAAAAGGUCAAGGAACAAGAAACGAAGGAAGAGCCUCUUCACCCACUUCUUAAGAAAUCUGAGAAAAAUUCCCCCACCUUCAAAGAACCUCCUACCUGCCUUCUGACACAGAUACAGACUACAAAGGCUCUGCUGAAUGAUCACAAAGCUACCCAGGGUUGUGCACCAGAGAAAGAUUCUCCUAGUGGCUUGAGCCCCUUCCAUGAAUCAGCUACAGCCAAGACAGGUUGUGUCACCUCCUAUUCUCUGGAAUACCUUGAAAUCCAGCAACCUGUUCCAAGGACCCCAAGGCUCACCAAGCGGCAAGAUUCACCUCAGCAAGAGCCCUCAAGCCCUGGCAACCAGAAUUUGGAUUCUCCUUUAAUUCUGAACAUUGUGCAUUCUUUUGAAACCGGCGACAGAGAGGACCAAAUAGAUCAAAUUUCUCCCACGCAUCAGUAUCGAAUGCUAAGCUCGCCAGUCAAUUUUGGCCGGAGAAGUUCCAGUGAAAGGACAUUGUCACCGCUCUUCCAGCCAGGAGGAACUUCUCCCAGUCCUACUAAAAGUCCAGUUCAUCCUACUCAACUGUCCUUCACAUAUGACGAAAAGAGCAGUUCUUUUAGAGAGGAAGCUGUGUCUCCAACUCAGCUAAGUAAUGUCUCUAAUCCUCUGGGGAGCCCUAACUGUGUGAAAAGCAGAGGUCGAUUCCCAAUGAUGGGUAUUGGACAGAUGAUGCGGAAAAGGAAUCAGUCAGUAGGGUCACCAACAGAGAAGACGCUGGAAGCAAGAAUGCCACAGCUGCAGCAAAUGAGCCCAACACAAAUUUCAUUCAAUAUAAUGGACCCUAUAAAUGGCCAGUGCUGAGGUGACUUUUCUGAAAAUCUAAUUUGUGUAGUGCUGUUUUCUGGGACUUUCCCAUAGAAGUAGUGAAAUGUUUUUUUCUGUGUAUUUUGUUAUCACAUCCAAUAAGGAAAUCACAAGGCCACAUAUUUCAGUGGCCUAGGACUAGUGCGAAUGGUGGGAAAGGACAAAUAUUUCAAGUGAUGUAAAAACUCUCACUUUUGAAGAUCUGUGUAAUCUUCCCAAGCAGAUACUUUUUGGCUGUGUUCUAAUAUUGCACAUACGUUUAUGUCAACAACAGAUCACUGGACCUAACAACUUGAUUGGACAGUGAAAGAAGAAUUUGUUGAAUUGCCCUCUGGUUUGUAAAGCUGUGGUUGAUGUACUUGUCAGGCAAUAGUUCUCUAUUUCACAGGCAUACACACUAUUCGUAUUACUCAAAAACAGGAAAACUUAAGUUUUUUCAUAUUUCUGAAGCAAAUGUGCUCUCUUAAGUCAUGUACAGAUGAAGAAGAAACAGACCUGAAGGGACUUGGCAUAAAAGCACAAAAACCAGAGCAAGAUGCUGAUAACUGAAGCAGUUUUUACUGUCUAAUAAUUCCAAAACACCUAAAAUCAUUCUAUAUUUUUCCUAAAGGAAAUGUUCAUUUGUUAAGAGAUGCUAUUAUAAAGAGACAUGAUCAUCUCAGAACUAGUUUGACUGUAAGGAAAUCUUUGUUCACAUUUUCAUCCUCCUCAUGAGACAAUAGUCCAUAUUUCUAAAUGCUGUGCUUUAAAAAAGAAACACCCGGUCAUCUGUAUAGCUAUUCUGUAAAACUGCCUUUAGAAAAAUUGUAUACUUUCAGUUUUAGCAAAACAGCAUUGGACAUACUUGAAAGUGUUGCUGAGAAACUCUGCACUGCAUUCAGAAGAGUUAUCAAAGGACACGUCUGCUAGCUCCAGUGCCAUUUGCAAAUGGCAGGAAUGGUAAUGCAGUUGUCAUCAAAAAUUUAGUAGUGCUACAAACUGUGAUUAACUUUCGUAAAAGGCAAACAUGUUCUGUACUCUGCAUCUCUUUUUAUUUCACAGUAAAGAAAAUGUCUGAAUAAGAAAAUAGGGGGUUUUGUGCAAAUAAUUUGUUAUUAAUUUACAGGGUUUUAACCAAAGACUAUUCUAUGGUUUACCUGUUCCCUGCUAGCACAUGUUAUAUAUACAGGAUUGCUGAUAGUUGUUAACAUUAGACUAGCACGGUGGCAGAUAGUCACUAAUGGUUUAUAUGCUUCCCCUCUUCUUUAGCAUACACAGUAUCUAGAUGUUAAUGCCUUUAUAGAAGACGAAUCAGAAUAAAUGCUUUGGGGGGGGGGAAUUAUUGAGAGAUUGUUUUUAAAGGUAUGUUUCUGAGUCGUUUGAUGCCUUCUUUAAGAAACCCCGAGAUUAGAUAAUCAGGUUUUUCCCGCUGAGAUUCUGUUGAUACACAUGAAAUCUCAGCUCAGCACCAAAUAUUUCUUAAAAGGUUAGGAUUGAAGAACAGCAGCAGACAGGAUGUCAGGAGCACGAGCAGUUCUUUGGCUGCAGCCGUCUUGAAAUUGGAUCCACAUGCUUGUACAGGAGUACAUCCAAAGUAGAAGCACCCAUUGGUUGUAACGCCAUCUUAGGAAUAGGUAUAUGCAUGAGAACAGUUGUUUCUGCUUCAAAGGUAGUGGCACCUUAAUCCAAUAACAGUGCCACUGACUACCU